AUGGCCGCCAACUCAAGGCGGAAUCCGAAGCGGAAGGCUACCGAGACAGCCGCCGCCGCAACCACCGCUGCCGCUUCUCACGAGGCGAGAGACUACCAGACGCUUCUCCGUGAAUCUCUGGCGCCCCUGGACAAGGACGAGCUGAAGGAAUGGGAGGGUUGGUGUGAGGUGGAAUCUGAACCUGCCUUCUUCAAUGCUAUGCUACGAGAGAUGGGCGUCAAGGAUGUCAAGGUCCAAGAGGUCUUUACGGUUGACGAAGACUACGUCGCGACUCUUCCGCAACCCGUCUAUGGCCUCAUCUUUCUCUACCAAUACUUCUCUGAGAACUACGAGGACGACGCCGUCGUCGAUAGCCGCGAUGUUUGGUUUGCAAAUCAGACGACAGACAACGCCUGCGCAACCGUCGCCAUGACAAACAUCCUCAUGAACAGUCCAGGACUCGACCUCGGAAAAGACCUCCAAACCUUUAAAGACUCCACAAACAGCCUCAGCACUCCUCUCCGCGGCCACGCCCUGAGCACAAACGCCUUCAUCCGCUCCGUCCACAACUCCUUCACCCGGCGAAUGGACCACCUCAACGCCGAUCUCUUCCUGGAGACCGAGGCCUCAGAGUCCAAGAAGAAGAAGAAGACGACGAAGCGCAGGGGUCCCGCAAAGAAGACGAGGCGAACCAAGAAGCAAAAGAUUGACGACGAGUCCGGGUUCCACUUCAUCGCCUACGUACCGGCUAACGGCUCGGUCUGGGAGCUGGAUGGUCUCAAGACGAGGCCCGUGUGCCUUGGACCCCUCGAAACGGGCGUCCACUGGGCGAAUCUGGUCCAGCCCGAGAUCCAGGCGCGCAUGCUCCAGUUUGAGGAGAAUGCCCUCUCUUUCAAUCUCCUCGCGCUCUGCAAGAGCCCGUUGACAAUCUUGUCGGGGGAACUCGCGAGCACGAUCCGCUCGUUUGAGCUCUUGGAGAGCCGUACCAAGGACCUCGACGGCUGGGAGAGUCUCGUUGCCGGAAAUAGCCAGCCUCUGAAGAGCUCCGAGAUUGAGCGCCUCGCCGGCUUUGGAAUUUCAGGAUUGGAUAUUGAACAGGCGCGCGUGGACCCAGCAUUCGAGAGAAAGAUUGCCAAGUCAUCCACAGAUAUGGCGGAGCUCUUCAAUUUCUACGACGAUCUUGUGACGAAGCAGAAGUCUCUGAUCGGAGAGUACAAUACCGAAAUUGGCUUCAUGAAAGAGGACGAUGACCGUGUGCAGGGACGGAAGAAGGAUCACACUCCUGCGAUCCACUCCUGGGUGCAGAAGCUGGCGGAGCAUGGUGUGCUCGCAGACUGGGCAGCCAACUCCUAG